AGCAUGUAUUCGCUUAGAGAGAGUAUACGGGAGUGUACCAAGCCAGACGCUAAUGAGUUCAUUGUGUUCCCCAAAAUCCGCCAUUCGAAUUCCAAAAACCAUCGAGGCAUGAAGCUAAACAAGAGCUUGAAGCGUGAAUCUAUAUCCAAAUAAACUGAAGUUAAAGGCUCAGCUUUAUGAAAGAGGUUCUGCCUCUAAAAGUCUUCGAAAACAUAAAGGAACUGAUCUAGCUCAAGAGGUUCAAACCAGUAGAAAUAAUUACUUAAAUACACUGAAAAUGCCAUAUAAGCACUCGGGUAUUUACCAGAGCACUGAAACUCUUAAGACUUACACUACUAUCCCGAAUUUCGAUGCCCGCAGGAACUCGCAUAUGAAAUACUGGUCACCAGGAAGGUCAGAGAGUGGGCAUGCCUCUCCAGUGGCAUUGCAAGGGCCACUUGGUCUGAGUGGGAUUCAAAGUAAUCGCACAGGCUCUAAACUAGGCUCACUUAUAAAUAACAGUAAAAUAUUGACUUCCCAGACUGAGCUAAAGGCUGCCACUAGCACACGAAGUACAAGCUUGAUGGAGAACCUCAGGAAGAAGAUCAAGAAGCAUGCCAAGGAGUAUGAUACUAACCUGAUCAGUAAGAAGAUGAACAACGUCAGUAUUCAACUACCUGAUUUGUCAAUACAAGGGUUCAGCGAUGGUCCCCAUGCCAAUGAUCAGGAUAAGGAGAACAAACCAAAAUUGGCCAAAGGAAAACCUCCAAAAUUAAACAUAAUCAAGGAAGAAAUCAAAGAAGAGAUUCGAAGGCCACUCCGGAGGUCUCGGAAUGCUUCUAAAACUACAAGACUCAAGAAACAGUCACAAACACUUCCUGAGAACAGGAUGGAUGACUCCACGAGUGAGGCCUACUCCGAAGCCUAUUCUGAAGAUUUCUCUGAAAACGAUCUUUACUCCUCAAGUUUUUACGAUAACGAUAAGACCAGGGAGAAGGAAGCGCUGUAUAAAGCUGGUUCAAAGAAUUAUAAAGAGUAUAUCAAGGAAAUAGAACGAUCAAACAUUCUUCCAAGGAAGAUGGGAUUUCAAGGGGAAAAUGAAAAGAAGGGCAAUAUGUUCCUCCGAUCCUUCUACAUUGGUAAUACAUACGCCAACCCAUUGUCCAAAGGAAUUAAGGAUCUUGACACUCUCCAGAAGAUAAACCUCAGUCGAUGAGGGUUGAAGGAUGAAGGAUUCAUCAAAAUUAUCCAAAAUGCACCUUAUAGCUUACAGGAAUUGGACAUCUCUGGUAACUCAAAUUUUGGCAUAAAGUGAUACGAAGAACUGGCAAAAAUAGUAAGCAAAAGAGACAUUGAACUCGUCUCUCUGAAUAUGGAGAAUAACAAAGCGGGUGACACAGCUAUCAAGAUUAUCAUGGACUCCUUGAUCUACAAUGGUAGCUUGAAAUGACUCAAUAUUAACAAAAACUGUAUCACUGAUCUUGGCGCUCAAUACAUCACUGAAAUGGUCCAAUGAAACUCCUCAAUCUCUGUCUUACUAAUGAACUGGAAUAAGAUACUCAGCAAGGGAGGUGUCUCGGUCUGUACUGCUGUUGGUCAGAAUAAGAAUAUUCAAGUAUUCGAUAUCUCGUUCAACAAUAUUGGGUCCAAAAAUGGCACCAAAAUGGCUGAGACCUUUAAGAAACUAUUCUUGGAGAAUAAGACUCUGAUCCAUCUCGACAUUUCACACUGAAAGUUUACCAUUGACGAGCUCAAAAUUAUGAAUGAAGGACUCAAGAGGAAUCACUCAAUUUUAGGCCUGCAUAUGGUUGGCAAUAAGGGGAAAAUUGACACUCUCGGGUUUAUUGACCCUGAAGUAGACUCUGAUAUAGCAAUCACUCACAUAUCUUCACGACUUUCAUCAGAGUUACAGACAGGAAAAGUAAAAUAACAAAGAGAAAAUCAAGCUGAGCGCUUGCUCUAAUUGAUGGAUCUGUGAAGGAUGGACAGAAGUCAAAUUUGAAUUCACGCCUGGGAUCUCCUCCCAAGUCCCUCAUGAUCCUGAGAAGCCAUUGUAUCUACAUAUCUCCUCUGAUGGGUACAAGGAGGAUCUCAUGCUUCCUGAUCCUGAAAAGUCAGGGACUUACAGCUCUCUCAGGAUGGUGCCUCCCGGAGAAUGUACCUUCUACUUCAGUUUUGAUGAGAAAAAAUUAUUAGCCGAUGAUAUGCCUAAUUGAGUAACUACUGAAAUCGAAAAUUUUACUGUCCCAAAGACAAAUAUUAUCGAAAAUAUCAUCCAGAAGAAUGCCCUGAUCACUGAGACCUAUAUGGCCAGCAUGAAGUGCACUCCUAGGCCUCCUCCGAAGUACAUGGCUGGCAACAAGAGGCUUAAGACUCCUUGGGAUUAUUUCAAAUCCGUCUUUAGAACCUACAAACCUGAUAACCAGAAGAUCCUGAACGGAUGCUUCGAGGUUGACUGGGACAACACUAAGAUUGGCAAGAUCAUUAAGAACGGAGAUGAGCUAGUCAAAGUAAAGAGAUACCUUAAAAAGAACUACAAGAGCUUCAGAGAAACCUAUAAGUAUUACUCUGCUGUGGCUCCAAUCGGGAUCGUUGUCUCCAUCGGAACCAACACUCUCAGUGAUGUCGUCAGCAACUGCCAUGAGGUGAUCAAUAAUGAAAAUUUUAAGCUAAGUGAUCUUGAUUUUGAAUUCGUUGCGACAAAGGCAGGUCUCAUCAAGUCUAAAUUUAACCCUGACAGGCAGCUGGUCAGGCAUGAAUUCAUUGAGAUUUUUGUAAGAAUCGCCAUAACGAAAUACUUCAAGAGUAAAUUAGUUGAUAGUAUCUCUGAAGCGGUCAUAAAACUUUAUGAAGAGAACCUCAAACCGAUGUUUUCACUAUUUGACUGCCACAAAUGGAGGGCCCAGAAGUUGUGGAAUGAGGAAUGAGACCUUACUUUGAAAAGACACUUGAAUGUCUUAAAUAACAUCUACAAGAAAUAUAUAGGCAGAUAUGCCCUCCCUGGGACUCCCAAGUACAUGUCCUGAGACGAGUUCUUUGACCUUAUAUGAGCCUGCGGAGUUGUCGAUGACAAUUUUGGUCAAAGAGAAAUCAGCGUACUCUUUAACCUUGCUAUGAUGACGCAGAAGAAUGAGCUUGAAAGUGAUAAGCAUCUUAACAUGAUAUUUGUGGAAUUCAUGGAAGCUACAGCUCGAGUCGCUGAUAAGUUAAACCUUCCUCCUUUGGUAGACGAAAGCGAAGAGAGGGACCCUAACGAGCGGCUACAUGCCAACCUUUCCCGAAGAAUAAAGAAGCCUUAUCCAGGUCUCAGCUUAAACUACAAAAUUGAAACCUUGAUUUAUUUGAUGGCAAAAUCUUGACUGAAGAAAAACGACUUAGAGGCCAUGGAGAGAGGAGUGCUCAAAUAUUAUGAUGAGAAGAAGAGACUACCAAAAGCUAAGAAAUACGGAAUCUCGAGUAAAAAGUAUUAAUCCAGAUUCAAUAGCCUGGUUUAUAUUG